GAAUAAGAUAGACCGCAAUAUUUUGGUGGAUUUAUCACCCUCUUCCGUCCAAGUAGGAAGUAUCAUCCGUCCAUAAACUCUAUGAUGCCGUCUCAAAUGAAUGGGGAUUUACACAAUACACCUCAAGUGCCAAUAUGGAACUCCCGUCCAGAUCCGAGACUGAAUUAUCUGCGUUCUCAAGGAUACAAUAAUUACAACAUGCCGUCACAUAAUUAUAAUCCAGGAUGCAGAUUUGGAAAAUUCACUCAUCAUCACCCCAUAAUGUCACAAGCUUCAGUUUCAACUACAUGCACACCAUCAGGCCCACCAAUGAGCCAAGAAACAUUUGAAUACUUAUGGAAUACUCUGGGAGAAGUCACACAAGAAGGGGGAUACACAAACAUCACAUCUAAAGAAUCAAUCGACUAUGCAUUUAGUGAAGCUGAGGAUGAAACCAGUAUAUCUGUUGAGAAAUACAGAAUUACAUCCAAUGACUCCAUUUCAGACUUGUUGAAUCCUAUCAUAGGUCAAACGACCUCAGCGAGCUCUAUGAGCCCUGACAGUCAGACCAACAUCAUCGGUAGCUCUGCAUCAAGUCCUUACAAUGAUACAAUCACAUCACCUCCACCUUAUUCGCCUCAUACUAGUAUGCAGUCGCCUAUACCCUCGGUGCCAUCAAACACUGACUAUCCAGGAGAUUAUGGCUUCACCAUUUCAUUUUCUCAGCCAUCAAAAGAGACAAAGUCUACCACAUGGACAUACUCAGAGUCACUUAAGAAAUUAUACGUCAGAAUGGCAACAACUUGCCCAAUCCGAUUUAAAUGUUUGAGACAGCCCCCACAGGGAUGUGUAAUUCGUGCAAUGCCAAUAUUCAUGAAACCUGAACAUGUCCAAGAACCUGUAAAAAGAUGCCCAAAUCAUGCCACAUCUAAAGAGCACAAUGAAAAUCAUCCAGCCCCAACACAUUUAUGUCGAUGUGAGCACAAACUUGCUAAAUUUGUUGAAGACCCAUACACAAGCCGCCAGAGUGUUCUAAUUCCACAUGAGAUACCUCAAGCUGGCUCAGAAUGGGUCACCAAUUUGUUCCAGUUCAUGUGCCUGGGGUCAUGUGUAGGAGGACCAAACAGAAGACCUAUUCAGAUUGUUCUGACUUUAGAAAAAGAUAAUCAAGUGCUAGGUAGACGUGCCGUAGAAGUGAGAAUUUGUGCCUGUCCUGGAAGAGAUCGUAAGGCUGAUGAGAAGGCAGCUCUCCCACCAUGUAAACAGUCCCCAAAGAAAGGCCAGAAAGUUAAUAUUAUCAAUGAAAUCACUACAGUAACACCAGGAGGCAAAAAGAGGAAAGCAGAAGAUGAACCCUUCACAUUGUCUGUACGAGGACGAGAAAACUACGAAAUUCUGUGUAGACUGAGGGAUUCAUUGGAAUUGUCAUCCAUGGUUCCCCAGAAUCAAAUAGAUGUAUACAAACAGAAACAACUGGAUACAAAUAGACAAUCAUCGCCAACAACAGCAAGGGUUGUUACUCUUCCUACUCACGACAACACACCAAUAACUAUACAGGGUGAAGGUCGGCAGACGACACUACCGUUCACUGCAGACUUAAAUGGUCAGGUGACAAGUUCACAAAAUGGUGUGGUGGAAAAUCAUGGAAAUAUUAAAGAAGAACUGAUGGCCAAUGGGGACCAUUCAAUUUCAAAUUGGUUGACUACUCUUGGUUUAUCAGCAUACAUAGAUAACUUUCAUCAACAGAAUCUAUUUACAAUGGAGCAGCUUGAUGAUUUUACUGUUGAGGACUUGCAAAAGAUGAGAAUAGGAACAAGCCACAGAAACAAAAUCUGGAAAGCUCUAGUAGAAUUCCAUAGCGAGUCUAUCACCAUUAGUGAUUCACAAAGUCUGCAGAGGGACGUCAGCACUGCAUCCACCAUUAGUAUGACAUCACAGGCCAGUAUCUCCCAGAAUUCUCAAAAUUCAACGUAUUGUCCAGGAUACUAUGAAGUUACCAGAUAUACAUUCAAACAUACAGUUUCUUAUACGAAAGUCGAUGAAAGAAGUCCAAAACGGGCUAAAGUAGACUGAUAUGCAAUAUGAAGACUUAUGCCACCAUCAAACUAGGCCUAAGAUGAUUGGUCAGUCCUUUACUGUGUAUUGGACUGACAUAUAGAGGAAAUGCAAUAUGGUGCACAAAUCAAUGUCUAAAUGUAGACAUUUUAAUCUGAUAUUUUGUUAGAUUGCCUGUUUUUAAUGCAAAUAUUAGAUUCUGUCAUGUGACCUGUAUGGACAAAAAUGUUUUUAGACAAAAUCUUAAUUUUUAGUCAUGGGACCCCUGUGGACUAAUAAUUGAUUUGAAAUGACUUUUUAUUAAACUGAUGAUGAUAGGUAAAAAUGUUGGUUUAUUUGUAAGUUCUCUUUAUCUUUAAAUACAGUAUUUUUUUAUUGCAGUUUCAGAUUAGAUUGCAUACUAAAUUUCAAUCAAAACCACUUAUCUUCAAAAUAAUGCAGAUUUUCUUCACUGCAAAACAGUUACAAAUAUGUUUAAAAUGUUUGCUGAAAGCCUUUGAUUUAAAAAAAAACUAGACCAUUUAUCAAAAUCUAUUUAUAACACCAAUUAUGCUUCUAAUAAUUUUAACAAUAGGUGCUUAGACAUAAUACUUAAGAUUAUUAUCAAAAUGGCCUUUACAUUUGUGUCCAUUCUGGGUGUUAUUGUUGAUAGAGAAAACAAUUGGAAUGCCUGUUUUCUGAAUGUUGUUGAUUAUAUAUAUAUAUUUAUAUGCAUUUUGUCUGUUGUUCUGCUGAGAUCAAGUUCAGGGUAGAAUUUCUGCAAUUGUAUUCAUUUCAAGACUUCCACUAAAAUUCCCAUAGUAGGAAUUUUAUAAUGAGGCUCAAAAUUCCAUAGUGAGGCUCAGUAUGUCAUUUUCAAAAUAUUGUUGUCAUUAGUAACUGCCAUGUAGCAUUUUGCAGAAGAACUACUCUGAGCUAGUGUGAGUUAUAACAAUAAUAGUGUUCAAAUUUUAUGAUAAAACUAUGUGUUCAGAAUAAUCAUGUAAACAUCGAACUUUAAAAAGUGUUCAACAUUAAAUUCAUUUACAUUCAUGUAUAUCGUUUUGUUUAUUUACUGCUGAUUUUGCAACAGUGCUGCUAUCAAUUGAAUCAAAUAUUUUGCAAAAUGGGGAUAUAUUAUUUUCUCAUAACUUCAUUGAUUAGUAUUGUACACCUUUUGUUCGCUAAAGAUACUUAUUUAUUGGUUCAAAGUUUAUUUUUUUCUUUCAUCUGUUAACAAAAUUGAACAAAAAACUUAUUAUGUAAGAAAAAGUGAAAAACUCGUCCUUUUUGAAUAUAAUGAUCAAUAAAUACAACAUAAACAGAAGGAUUUGUUUUUAUCAUUCAUUUCUUAUAUUUAAAUAAAAAUUCCAGGGAUGAUUUUUUUUCCUCAAAGGAAAUUGACUUCAUAAUCAUUCCAUUGCCACCAUUGUAAUUCAUUCUGUUUCCGUCCAAAUACAUUGUGUGUGUUCUUUUGUUCAUGCAACUACAAAUUAGUGGCUAUUUAUCUUUUUCUAGACUAUUUAUUAACCCGUCUCAGUAUUUUUUCAAUAAGUUGAAAGGUUCAAUUUAAUCUUGAAAUUUGUCAAAAAUGACUAUAAUUUCUUGAAUAUUUUUUUCUUUUUUUGUAAAAAUAUGAACAUUAAUUUCAAAGAGUUCAUCUGCAAGUUGGGAUUUUUUUUAUGUAAAACAAUACAGAUGUUUCCUAGUGUAUAAAAACAGACAAAUAGCUUACUACUAAGGAAGAAAACAGUAAAUAUUACUACAAAGGGAGAUAAUUAGAAAUUAUAUCUACAAAGGGAGAUAAGAAGGAAAAAGCAAAAUAUUGUAGUUCAUAUUUAAGUUUGCAAUUGUAUUUAUUGAAAGCUUUGUUCUUUUUUAUGUUAUUGAUAAUAUUUUACUUGUUUUUUUGUUUGUCAAAUAAGUAUCAUGCAUUUUUUAAUACCUUGUACAGUUUUAUAUCUGUUUUUGAAGAGUGUUGAUGUAUAAGACUAUGUAAAUUUUAUGUGUGUUAACCAAUAUUUAAGAAACAUUUUAAUAAGUUGUAAUAUAAGAUUGACUAUAAUACAUUGGUCAGAUAUAUGGAAUAAUGAUUGUAGGGGCUGCAAGAUUGACCAUAAUACAUUGGUCAGAUAAAUGGAAUACUGAUUUAUGGACUGCAACAACAGAUUAGGGAUUUGUCUGUGGUUUUAUUCCAGUGUUCAUUUCUUUUUAAUAUUUUUUCAAAUGAUUUAUGGAAAACUUUUCAUAAGACAUGAAUUUGUGUCAAAGUGUUUUAACAAUCCAGAUAUCUUAAUGAUAAACGAGAAUAUGGGUUGGGUGUUUUUUCAUUUUUUUUUGUGAAUUAGGAAUUCUGCAUGCAAAUUAUAAAAAAAAAGGUUGUAUCAAGGUGUGUGCUAAUUUCUUUUUAACCUUAUAGGUCAAAUGUUAACUGACUAAAACUUUUUUUUUGUGAGCAUGAGUUUUAUUCUAUUAAUUACUUUAUAAAAUUCAGAUAAUGGCUAUCUUUUUAACCAAAAUAAGUGAUGGCAUGUACUGAACAUUAGUCAAACUUUAAACUAUUGUUCUGUUCAAAAUUUGAAAAGAGAGAGAUAAAAUGUGUUUUUUUUCAAUUUGGAGAGCUAAGAGAUGAAAAUAUUCUCCUUAUUUUGUUUAUUUUUUGUUUAUUUCUUACAUGUUAUAAGUCAACAGUUAUGAAUAUGAAUUCACUAUGAGCCCUCACAUUGAUAUUAUGAAAAACAACAUUCACAUUUAUAAUUUACUGGAAUAGUUUUAUUGGCUGUUGAACAGCAUCAGACAUAAAAAUUAACAUGCAUGUAACUGUUUUAUGUGUUUUGUUAAACAGUAUCCUUGAGAUAAAAUUUAUGGGACCUCAUAGAACUGAUCAUGUUUAAAACAUUGGAAAACAAAUCACUAGACCUCAAUCACACUGGUCAUUCAUAUUUGUCAUUUUAGAAACUUCAGACAAUUACUUUUAACUCAACUAUAUAGCUAUCCAGGGCCACACUUAAAAAAUUGGUUUGCCCAAACCCUACCCAAAGGUUGAGACAGUGGGUAGGAGGUAGGCAUUUUC